AUGCUGGGUGCCCUGUGAAUGUACGCAGUGCGAGACACUGACGAGCGCAGUGACUACACAGUAUUCACCUCAACAAGUAAUGGCGGCUCAGAUCGUGUUAGUUUUAUUAUUUUUCCCUGUGGUCAGUAGUCAUAUGAAAGUGGUGGACCUCACCUGGACCCAUGGUCCAUCAACCAUCUACUGGCCAGGAUCUGUAGGAUUCAAUUUCACCAACGUAGCAGAGGUAGAGACCAUCCACUAUAGGUAUGAGAGUAACUGGUUUUCUACACCUGAGCACGGUGGCACCCAUUUGGACUCUCCUUCACAUUUCUUUGAGGGGGGAUGGAAGGCAGAUGAGAUUCCAGCAGAGCGUCUGAUCGGCCCAGGAGUUAUCCUUGAUGUGACGUCACAAGCGAAAGCAGAUCCGGAUUACAGAGUCACCCAGGCCGAUUUUGAGGCGUAUGAAAGCAAACACGGUCGGAUCCCCCACGGUGCCAUCGUUAUCAUGAAUUCUGGAUGGGGAGCUCGGUAUUCUGACAAAAAACGUUUUUUUAACACAGAGUACCCGGACAAUUCAUCUACUUUCCAUUUCCCAGGUUACCACGAGGACGCCAUUACCUGGUUGGUUGUCAAUAGGAACGUCAGCAUGGUAGGGGUCGACACACCCUCCAACGACUACGGCCAAUCAACCGUCUUCCCGUCGCACGUGAUUCUGGCCAAAAAUAAUAUUCCUGGAUUAGAAAAUGUUGCACGACUGAACCAAGUUCCCGCGAAAGGGGCCACUGUAAUUGUUGGUUCCAUUAAGCUAUUCAGCGGAAGUGGCGGCCCUGCCAGAAUUCUGGCAACCUGGGACACGCAUGGUAAACCUGAUUGUACAUCCGGUUGUAUGAACAUUCUAGAAACUGCCAGUACAAGCCUGUUCGCUGUGUUGGUUGUUGUAUCGGUGAUUUAAUGAACAUGUAUCACAGAAUGUGUAUGGGCAAUCUCUGACAAACCUAUCCCAGAUAUUAACAUGAACACAUAUGUCACACCUUAGAAUAUACACAGGACCAUAGUUUUCACGGCAGCCCGAAAACGAUCAAAGGUCAAGGUCGUACCACCAUAAUUCUUGGCGCAUACUACUAAUCACUAUCUACCCGAUGUAAGGAGAAUGUGUUAGCCUGUAACAAAUAAUAAAGAAGUUUUAUCCAUAAAA